GCUACUCCACAUAACAAUGUUCCAGAGAAUUGUUAAUUUCUGGUUUUCUAGUUUUAUCACAGAACGUCUUUUAGCAAGUCCUUUAUUUAAUCGUAUUGCUGCAAAGACGCAUCAACAUGUAUCUAGCGUAACAGAAAAAGGAGCCAAAACGGGUGGUGAAUUCAUUAAAGCAUUCAAGGAAAAUCUUGAAAAGGAAACAAGAAACAGCAUGAGAAAAUAAUUCUUCUUAUUUUUGUACAUUACAUACGAUUAAAUUCUUCUAUUUUUUUUUUUGGCAAAUUACAAUGUAAAAUCAUAUUAUUUAUUGACAUUUUCUUUGGCUUUUAGAAUAAAAUUCUAUUUAUAAUAAUAGUAUUAACGUAGAAAUCAGAUAUUAUUAUUAAACAAUUUACAGGGUAUUAUUUUACGAUACGU